UCACUCACCACUGCUGUUGACUGAAACCGUCCUAAUUAAACCAUGCAAGGAGUUAUUUGUCACUUUGCCUUAAAAGUGAGCGAUGGAAGUUAAUAUAUUAUUUAGGAAAUUUACCAUGAAGAUUCAUUACAACCACUAAUCCACAAUUAUUAUAUUUUAUUGUAUGAUUAAAUUAUAUAACAAUGAUUAAUACAUUGUGUUACAUGCUUACAGGGUGCACUGGAAUGAUCACUUACUUCCCUUUCUAAUUUCCUCAAUGUCUUUCUUUUUAUCUCCAUAUCUCGAUCCAAAUCCUGCAGGUUGUUUUUGUUUUUUUGUGCUUGCACACAAGGAAGUGUCUGGAGGGUAACACUUGAUGCAUGAAACAUUCUGUCAAACAAACAUGUCUAGCACCUCCCAACUUCCAAUGUGAGAGAAAGGUGUUCCUCCACAUCCCAGAAAUGCUUUUUCACCUGCACCAUUCAAGAUGCAGAUGUGUGGUCUGCUGUGCAGCUUCUUCUUGGCCCCGAUGAUAUUGAGCAGCAUCCCGGCUCCUGUGGAUGGAUGUGACUUUCACCAUUCCAUUUGCGGGGCCCAGGCUCCUGGGGACGUUGUGAUCGGUAUAAUGUUACCAUGUCAUCGUAAAGUGGAGUUUCUUCAUGAACGGACGAGACCUGAAAGCUUCCAAUGCUCAGAUUUUCAUCUGGAGUCAUUUAUGAGAUCCUUGGCUGCAAUCCACGAAAUCGAGACGAUAAAUGCAGCUGGCUUCCUCCCAGGAGUGCGUCUUGGAUAUGUGAUGUGUGACACAUGCUCCUGGGCAAGCAAGGCAUUGAAGAAUGUGGGCCACAUGCUCGCAGUCAACGGCUCUCUGAGUGUGAAGUGCGACUACACUGACUUCAGGCCCAGAGUCAAGAUCAUUUUAGGGGCUUUAUACUCUGAGGUGUCCAUAGCUGUGGCCAGACUGCUGAACGUGUACAUGGUCCCUCUACUUAGCAGCACAUCAUCUACACCAGAACUGAGUGAUAAGCUGCGCUACCCAGUUUUCAUGCGUACUAUCCCCAGUGAUAAGCAUCAGACCAAAGCGGUGGCCAAAAUGAUGCACCACUAUGGCUGGAACUGGGUCGGGGUGGUGUACGGGGACGACGAAUAUGGCAGAGCCGCUUUCCAGAGCUUCCUCGGGGAUGCUGAGGAAAAUCAUGUGUGCUUGGCCUUCCAGGAGGUGUUGCAUCAUUACCUCGGUCAUUCAAACAGCAUGGAACGCAUCAAGCAAGUCGCCCAGCGGAUCCGCUCUUCCGAUGCCCAAGUGGUGCUGUUAAUCCUUAAGGCGGAGUUGGUGGAGGUCCUCUUUAAGGAAAUGAUCAGCACCGGCACAUCGAGGACCUGGAUUGCCAGCGAUGCCUGGUCCAGGAGCAGGUCCCUUGCCCAAAUGGAUAGCAUCAACAAGGUUGGGGACAUCUUGGGCUUUUACUUUGUUACAGGAAAGAGUGAAUCAUUUGAUAAAUAUCUCAAGAAUCUAACAGCAACCCCAGGAGGAUACAACCACUUCAUUGAAGAAUACAAGAGCCUGAGAUUCAACUGCACCCCAGAAUGUUUCUCAAACAAACCCCCAUCCUACUGCCCCGCACCCUACCUCCUAAAAAUGAAGUCGGGUGUUGCGUGCAAUUUCAAGGAUCCCCAAGAGCAAAAUGAUGAUUAUCUUGUAAAGUCUCUGGACACAAGUGAAGCCUUCCUUCACAAAGUAGCUGUGUGGGCCAUAGCAAACACUCUGAAAAAGCUACUGAAGUGCAACAGUUCUUCAUGUUCGGGAGAAAUUAACUUCCCACCAUGGAAGCUUCUUAAAGAACUGAAGAAAGUUGAGUUUGAGUUUGACAACCACAAUUUCUUCUUUGAUGAAAAUGGUGAUUUUGGAAAUUUUUAUGAUUUGAUCAAGUGGGAAAAGGAUGGACAAUACAGAAGAUUUGAAAGUAUUGGGAAAUACCAUACUGUCAAUGACGAAAUACAAGUCGAUAUGAAAGAUUUCAUCUGGUUUUCAACAGCCAAUACCACGAUCCCCGAGUCUAGAUGCUCAGAGCGCUGUGCCCCCGGCUCAGUAAAGAGGAUCUUGAACGUAUCCUGCUGUUACACCUGCACCAGAUGUGUGGAGGGGACCUAUUCAGAUGCCUGGGAUCUUGAUAACUGCAAACGGUGUCCCAACGGAACUUGGUCUCUCAAGGGUUGGACUCAGUGCGAGUCGAGAUCGGAGUCCUACCUGCAUUGGAGCGACCCUCAUCCCAUCGCCAUGAUGGCAGCUGCAGCCUUUGGCAUCUUGCUCUUGUUGGUUAUCUUCGUUAUCUUCUUGGUGUACAGAGAUUCCCCACCUAUGAAAAGAGCCGAAGUGAGAUUGUCCUGUGUGAUGAUGGCCGGUCUGUCGGUGAGCUUCGCGAGCGUGAUAAGCUUCAUGGGCCGGCCCAGCGUCCAUCUCUGCCGGGCCCGUCAAGUAACGUACGCCAUGGGCUUCACUCUGUGUGUGUCCUGCAUCCUAGUCAAGGCCUACCGUACAUUCUUGGCUUUCCUUCCCUUUGGUCAGCUGAUAAACAGGCAACUACACAAACUUUACCAACCACCCAUAAUCGUCAUCACAAUAACUUCUCUCCAGGGAAUCAUCUGUCUUCUCUGGCUGAUCUUUGAUUCUCCUGAUCUUGAUGGCACACCUCCAUCCCCACAGAGCAUGAGGAGACUAAUCCAGUGUAGUGAAGGUGCCACAUUCAUAGGUUUUGGCGUGAUGUUGAGCUACAUAGCUCUGCUGGCAUUGGCCGGCUUCCUCUUGGCCGUCAAAGGCAGAAAGGUCCCGCAGGAGUUCAGUGAAACAGGCUACAUAAUCUUUAGCAUGCUGAUGUACUUGUUUGUAUGGGUGUGUUUUAUCCCAGUCUAUAUCACCAACCAUGAAGAAGGCACUCCUGUGCAGGCUUCAGCCAUUCUAGUGUCAAGCUACGGCAUCAUCUUCUGCCAUUUUUUACCCAAGUGCCACGAAGUACUUUGGGGGGCAAAGUCAGAUACACUGGAUAAGAUUCUGAGGAGAUGGCGAGAGAAAGACAUAGAUAUCCCUAGAGUGAAUACACCCUCACAAAAUAAAGACAGGCUUUCCGUAUCAAGUACAGCAAGUACAGUAACUAUAUUGAGGAGCUCAGAGACACCGCGCGAGUUCAGCCCUACUGAUUCAGAGCAGGUCAUAGUGCCUACGUCCAAUGACAAGAUUCAUGCCUAUCGUAGGCUAGGGUCAAAACGGACGAGAUGUAGGAGUAUAUCCCUCUAAAACUGGUUCCAGGAAUAUUUGAUAUGUACUACACUGAAUUAUAUACACUUAUUAUACCAUUUUCCUUUUCUAAAGCCAAUCUGUUGUACGAUCUUUGUGCUGUAAAUCCAUGUAAAGUUAAAAUGAGUUUUCUACUGAAAGCUGUUGUAUUCCUCAACAUACAAUCAAAGAUAACUCAUUUCUAUUGUAUACAGUUACGAUAUUAAAGUAAAAAUGCUUUUUAAAUACUUGUUGUAAGUUGUUUACAUCAUUUGUCUUUCAUCAUAACCCCAAAGUCUGCAGUUUAACAGAUCAACACGGUGUCUACUGGAGCUAAGCUGGAUGGGAAUUUACACAGAAUGAAAUAAAAAAAUUGGGAUAUCACAUGAUAAAAGCCUAAUCGGGAGUUUAGACCAAAAACAGUGUUGAAACAAUGUGCGUUCUUUAAAUUAUUAUUUAAAUGAUUUAAUAUAUUAUUUUUAACAAGGCAUCCAAAAUCUCCCCACAGUUGAAUCUCUACACACUCACAGAACUGUGAAGUGAGCAAAGAAGGUCAUCUCACUCCAACCCCUCACGUCCUGCUCAUCACCUCAGGGAGGUGCUACAGGUCACUGUCCUCUAAGACUAAACACUUCACAAACAGACACUGAACUCCUCCCUCCUCACACACCACUGACAUACAUUAUUACCAUGAUUGUGUGCUGCUGUCCAUUUAUGUAUUUGUAUUUAUGUAUCUGUCUGCAGAGAAUAACAUGCUGUAUUGAAAACAAAUUCCACCGGCCUUGUUUAACAAUCUAAUCUAAUCUAAUCUAAUGCAAAUUUUAACAACAAAGAGAAUAAU